CACCCACUCCCGUGCGCGCCCGGCCUGUAGCGUCCUCGCCUGUAGCCGCCCCUCGCCUCGCAGCCGCAGCCCGCGUGGACGCUCUCGCCUGAGCGCCGCGGACUUGCCCGGGUGGCCCACUGGCGCGCAGGCGAGCGCACGGGCGCUCCAGUCCGGCAGCGCGGGGGUUAAGCGGCCCAAGUAAACGUAGCGCGGCGAUCGGCGCCGGAGAUUCGCGAACCCGACACUCCGCGCCGCCCGCCGGCCAGGACCCGCGGCGCGACCGCGGCGCCGCGCCACAGCCAGCCUCGCGACAGGCCCGCUGAGGCUUGUGCCAGACCUUGGAAACCUCAGGUAUACACCUUUCCAGACGCGGGAUCUCCCCUCCCCAACCCAUAGUGCCUUGGGACCAAAUCCAGGGCCUUCUUUCAGGAAACAAUGAAGGGAGACAGCAGACAUCUGAAUGAAGAAGAGGGAGCCAGCGGAUUUGAGGAGUGCAUAAUUGUUAAUGGGAACUUCAGUGACCAGUCCUCAGACACGAAGGAUGCUCCCUCACCCCCAGUCUUGGAGGCAAUCUGCACAGAGCCAGUCUGCACACCAGAGACCAGAGGCCGCAGGUCAAGCUCCCGGCUGUCUAAGAGGGAGGUCUCCAGCCUUCUGAAUUACACGCAGGACAUGACAGGAGAUGGAGAUGGAGAUGAUGAAGUGGAUGAUGGGAAUGGCUCUGAUAUUCUAAUGCCAAAGCUCACCCGUGAGACCAAGGACACCAGGACGAUCUCUGAAAGCCCGGCUGUCCGAACCCGACAUAGCAAUGGGACCUCCAGCUUGGAGAGGCAAAGAGCCUCCCCCAGAAUCACCCGAGGCCGGCAGGGCCGCCACCAUGUGCAGGAGUACCCCGUGGAGUUCCCAGCUACCAGGUCUCGGAGACGUCGAGCAUCGUCUUCAGCAAGCACGCCGUGGUCAUCCCCUGCCAGCGUCGACUUCAUGGAAGAAGCGACACCUAAGAGCGUCAGUACCCCAUCAGUUGACUUGAGCCAGGAUGGAGAUCAGGAGGGCAUAGAUACCACACAAGUGGAUGCAGAGAGCAGAGAUGGAGACAGCACAGAGUAUCAGGAUGAUAAAGAGUUUGGAAUAGGUGACCUCGUGUGGGGAAAGAUCAAGGGCUUCUCCUGGUGGCCUGCCAUGGUGGUGUCCUGGAAAGCCACCUCCAAGCGCCAGGCCAUGCCCGGAAUGCGCUGGGUACAGUGGUUUGGCGAUGGCAAGUUUUCUGAGAUCUCUGCUGACAAACUGGUGGCUCUGGGGCUGUUCAGCCAGCACUUUAAUCUGGCUACCUUCAAUAAGCUGGUUUCUUAUCGGAAGGCCAUGUACCACACUCUGGAGAAAGCCAGGGUACGAGCUGGCAAGACCUUCUCCAGCAGUCCUGGAGAGUCACUGGAGGACCAGCUGAAGCCCAUGCUGGAGUGGGCCCACGGCGGCUUCAAGCCCACUGGGAUCGAGGGCCUCAAACCCAACAACAAGCAACCAGUGGUUAAUAAGUCGAAGGUGCGUCGUUCAGACAGUAGGAACUUAGAACCCAGGAGACGCGAGAACAAAAGUCGAAGGCGCACAGCCAAUGACUCUGCUGCUUCUGAGUAUUCCCCCCCACCCAAGCGCCUCAAGACCAACAGCUAUGGUGGGAAGGACCGAGGGGAGGAUGAGGAGAGCCGAGAACGGAUGGCUUCUGAUGUCACCAACAACAAGGGCAAUCUGGAAGACCGCUGUUUGUCCUGUGGAAAGAAGAACCCUGUGUCCUUCCACCCCCUCUUUGAGGGUGGGCUCUGUCAGAGUUGCCGGGAUCGCUUCCUAGAGCUCUUCUACAUGUAUGACGAGGACGGCUAUCAGUCCUACUGCACCGUGUGCUGUGAGGGCCGUGAACUGCUGCUGUGCAGUAACACAAGUUGCUGCAGAUGCUUCUGUGUGGAGUGUCUGGAGGUGCUGGUGGGCGCAGGCACAGCUGAGGAUGCCAAGCUGCAGGAACCCUGGAGCUGCUAUAUGUGCCUCCCUCAGCGCUGCCAUGGGGUCCUCCGACGCAGGAAGGAUUGGAACAUGCGCCUGCAAGACUUCUUCACUACUGAUCCUGACCUGGAAGAAUUUGAGCCGCCCAAGUUGUACCCAGCAAUUCCUGCUGCCAAAAGGAGGCCCAUUAGAGUCCUGUCUCUGUUUGAUGGAAUUGCAACAGGGUACUUGGUGCUCAAGGAGUUGGGUAUUAAAGUGGAGAAGUACAUUGCCUCCGAAGUCUGUGCAGAGUCCAUCGCUGUGGGAACCAUUAAGCAUGAAGGCCAAAUCAAAUAUGUCAAUGACGUCCGGAAAAUCACCAAGAAAAAUAUUGAAGAGUGGGGCCCGUUCGACUUGGUGAUUGGUGGAAGCCCAUGCAACGAUCUCUCUAAUGUCAAUCCUGCCCGCAAAGGUUUAUAUGAGGGCACGGGAAGGCUCUUCUUCGAGUUUUACCACUUGCUGAAUUAUACCCGCCCCAAGGAGGGCGACAACCGUCCAUUCUUCUGGAUGUUCGAGAAUGUUGUGGCCAUGAAAGUGAAUGACAAGAAAGACAUCUCCCGAUUCCUGGCAUGUAACCCAGUGAUGAUUGAUGCCAUCAAGGUGUCUGCUGCUCACAGGGCCCGGUACUUCUGGGGUAACCUACCGGGAAUGAACAGGAUCUUCGGCUUCCCUGCUCACUACACGGACGUGUCUAACAUGGGCCGCGGCGCCCGUCAGAAGCUGCUGGGCAGGUCCUGGAGUGUGCCGGUCAUCAGACACCUGUUUGCCCCCUUGAAGGACUACUUUGCCUGUGAAUAGUUCUACCCAGGACUGGGGAGCUCUCGGUCAGAGCCAGUGCCCAGAGUCACCCCUCCCUGAAGGCACCUCACCUGUCCCCUUCCUUAGCUCACCUGUGUGGGGCCUCACAUCACUGUACCUCAGCUUUCUCCUGCUCAGUGGGAGCAGAGCCUCCUGGCCCUUGCAGAGGAGCCCCGGUGCUCCCUCCGAGUGCACAGCUCAGACCUGGCUGCUUAGAGUAGCCCGGCAUGGUGCUCAUGUUCUCUUACCCUGAAACUUUAAAACUUGAAGUAGGUAGUAAGAUGGCUUUCUUUUACCCUCCUGAGUUUAUCACUCAGAAGUGAUGGCUAAGAUACCAAAAAAACCAAACAAAAACAGAAACAAAAAAACAAAACAACAAAAAAAAAACCUCAAUAGCUCUCUUAGUACUCAGGUUCAUGCUGCAAAAUCACUUGAGAUUUUGUUUUUAAGUAACCCAUACUCCGCAUUUGCUGGAGGAUGCUAUUGUGAAUGUGGGCUCAGAUGAGCAAGGUCAAGGGGCCAACCCCCCCCCCCCCCACCCAGGAGUAUUUGAAGAUGACAGGAGUAUUUGAAGAUGACGUUUAUGGUUUAAGUCUUCCUGGCACCUUCCCCUUGCUUUGGUACAAGGGCUGAAGUCCUGUUGGUCUUGUAGCAUUUCCCAGGGUGAUGAUGUCAGCAGGGAUGACAUCAUCACCUUUAGGGCUUUUCCCUGGCAGGGGCCCAUGUGGCUAGUCCUCACGAAGACUGGAGUAGAAUGUUUGGAGCUCAGGAAGGGUGGGUGGAGUGGCCCUCUUCCAGGUGUGAGGGAUACGAAGGAGGAAGCUUAGGGAAAUCCGUUCCCCACUCCCUCUUGCCAAAUGAGGGGCCCAGUCCCCAACAGCUCAGGUCCCCAGAACCCCCUAGUUCCUCCUGAGAAGCUAGGACCAGAAGCACAUCGUUCCCCUUAUCUGAGCAGUGUUUGGGGAACUACAAUGAAAACCUUCUGGAGAUGUUAAAAGCUUUUUACCCCACGAUAGACAGAUUGUGUUUUUAAGGGGUGCUUUUUUUAGGGGCAUCACUGGAGAUAAGAAAGCUGCAUUUCAGAAAUGCCAUCAUAAUGGUUUUUAAACACCUUUUACCUAAUUACAGGUGCUAUUUUAUAGAAAAGCGGACAACACUCGGGCUUUUUAUGACUCUCAGACUUCUAUUUUCAUGUUACCAUUUUUUGUAACUCGCUCGGUGUGGGCUUUUGUAACUUCACAGGUGUGGGGAGACUGCCUUGUUUCAACAGUUUGUCUCCACUGGUUUCUAAUUUUUAGGUGCAAAGAUGACAGAUGCCCAGAGUUUACCUUUCUGGUUGAUUAAAGUUGUAUUUCUCUAUA